CCCUUUUCUCCUCAUUCAUUAGAAUCAUAUUUUCGGAGUUGAGGUGAAGGAUAUUCGCAUUUCAGAAGGGACGAGGUCGCCGUGCUGAGCACAGCGUUUUCGAAUCGGGAUUCCAGAGGGCAUCUGUGCCAUAGAAAUCUCGGUUGGAAAAAAUGAAUUUAUAUGCACAGCUAUCGGUGAUCUUGAUCGAGUCGUAAAUAAUGGUGGUAAUGGAGACCAGGGCUCUGAUGCUUUUGCUUCUAAGCUUGAUCCUGAUAAAAGGUGCCUACUCGUCGUCUCGUAAUGGUAUCCAAUGCCAUGUAGCGUGCCAAGCAGCUGACGAUAGUUCGUUAUGCGACAGUGAUCAAUACGAAUACUCCACGUGCACAUACCGGACUAACGCGAAUACCGAAGCAUGCAAGAAAGUGAGGAUCGGAAGGGAUACUUUUACACUAACCUGUGCCGAAAACUGUCAAGAAGGCUGUGAUUCUAAUGGCUGUACCGAGUGUUGUUACACUGACUACUGCUUCGACCGGGAUGGAAGAAACGGAACUGCGUCACUGGUGGUCACGUGGGUUGCAAUGGGCGUAACCCUUUUAGCGAGUAUCUUCGUAUCCACAUAUUAGACAGUGAUGACGUGCAAAAAUUGUCUUAAUUGGGAGAAAGCCAUGAAAAAUACUGUGGAAAUGAUUACGGAGUGGGAUGAGAUUCUACUCGUAGACCCUUUAUAAGAAUGAU